UCUCUUUCCCCCUCGGCCAUGGAGAGUAAGUGCGAGUCUCCCGCGGAAAAGGGUGAAGACACUGGGGAGUCCGGGGAGGCGGCGGCUGCUGCUGCUGCUGCUCCCGCAGCUCCCCGGGCUGCUGACACGGACGGAGUUCCGGAGGAGACGGACGCGGACGGGGACGGGGACGCGAAGGAAGCCGGGGCCGAGGAGGGCGAGCCCAAGAGUCAGGACAUCUCAGAUUUAACAGCAGCUGAAAGGGAAGACUCAUCAUUACUUACUCCUGCAGCCAAAAAACUGAAAAUAGAUACCAAAGAGAAGAAAGAGAAGAAGCAGAAAGUGGAUGAAGAUGAGAUUCAAAAGAUGCAGAUCCUGGUUUCUUCUUUCUCUGAGGAACAGCUGAACCGCUAUGAAAUGUAUCGCCGGUCAGCUUUCCCUAAGGCAGCCAUUAAAAGGUUGAUCCAGUCCAUCACUGGAACUUCCGUGUCUCAGAAUGUCGUGAUUGCAAUGUCUGGUAUCUCCAAGGUUUUUGUCGGGGAGGUAGUCGAAGAAGCACUGGACGUGUGUGAGAAGUGGGGAGAAAUGCCACCCCUGCAGCCCAAGCACAUGCGGGAGGCUGUUCGGAGGCUCAAGUCAAAAGGGCAGAUCCCCAACUCGAAACACAAGAAAAUCAUCUUCUUCUAGCCAAAGCCUAGGAAGGCCCGAAGGAAGGAGGGCCCCAGACUUCGAGCUAUUAGACUUUCUGCACUGGUGCUUGAUUUCCACAGUCCUCCAAGGAAUUCCGUCAAGGUUUUAGUGUCUUCCUCAAAACUCGGAUACUUACCACCACACCUAGAAGGCUCGCAGCCUGUCUCACAUGUUGGAACCCUGCGGGGCAUGUUGAGAUCUUGAACUGUUUCUUGACUUGGUGGAAGAACAGUGCCAGGCCUUAACCAUCUUCUGGACAAGGAAGCUGCUUUUGGAGAAAAAACAUUUCCAAGAAAGCAUUGGCAGUUUCAUAUUGAAACUAGAAGUUAUGUGACUUAGGUUUCUUAGGUCUGGUUUGAGGUAGAAUAAACCACUAGAAACUUUUGACUUGUGGUACUCUACCAUGAAGAAUAUGGUGAUAGCAGGAAUGGUGGAAUAGUUUGUUCCAGGGAGUUUUUAAACUACUUCGUGGAUUUUGGUAAGUGAUCAUUAAAUUUUUUUCCAACUUACCUUUUGAGUAUUCAUUU